CUCGAGCCCCCACACCGCCCGCCGCCCGCGCGCCCGCGCGCGCGGGCCAUGCCAGCCUCGCGGGAGUUCCCGUGCGCCGGAGGAAGCCGCGCCUCCUCGGCUCGAGGCGCGAGCCGCAGCAUCCGCAGCGGGUCCACCACUCCCCGCUCGUGGAACGGCGGCCCGGCGGCGGCGAGGGGCCGGGCGGCCGCGAAGCGGGCCGACGGAGGCGUCCAGGCGCUGCUGGCCGAGGCCGAGGGCGCCGUGAGGGAGGCCAGGGCGACCAACGAGCGGGUGCUGGAGCAGCGGCAGCUGGCCCAGGAGCAGCGCGCGCUGGAGGCGCUCGCCAUCACCGAGGCCGCCGAGGACGACGUCGAGCGCCUCGUGCAAGAGCGGGAGGGCCUCGAGCUGGAGCUCGCGGAACACCUGAAGAAGGUCCGCGACCUCGAGGUGGGCAGCCUCGUCAUGGGCGACUACAUGGUAGGCGCCCAGCGGCGCGCCAAUGAUCUCGAGCGUCUGCUCCGGCGGGGGCACCCGACCCGCAUGCGGCACGACUGGUCGCCUGUGGAAAUCGAGGAGCAGGACGACAGCUUCGACGCGGGUGGCGAAGCAGGCCUCGACGUGGGCAGCGGGGCGUGCUCCCCGCGGUCCGCCGCUGCGCCGAGGCCGCCCGGCAGCGCCGCGGGCAGGCCGCGGCGGCCCCCGGCGCCGUCGGUCGGCGGCUCCACCGCGCGGCGCGCUUCCGCCCUCCAGGGCAGCUUCCAGGACAUCCAGGACGAGCUGCGCGCGGUGAAGGACCACCCGCGAAGGAUCGCGGAGGACACCGAGGACCUGGAGGAGCAGCUGCAGCAGGCCUACAGGGAGAGGCGGCGCCUGGAGACCGCCGUGGCGGACCGGCGGCACGCCGCCGCCAUCACCGAGACGCUGGCGCACCUGCGCCGGGAGGCGGCGGGCCGGGCUGCGGCGCCCGCCGCCGCGGGGCAGCCCCCGGCGGCCUGAGAGCCGUCUCCCGCGGCGGCCUCCUCCUCCUCCUCCUCCUCCUCCUCCUCCUCCUUCCUCCUCCUCCUCCUCUCUCCUCCUAUCCUCCUCCGCCACCUUCUGUCUGUUCGCCGCGCGCGCGCGGCUCCUUUGACUGCACAGGGCGCGAACGCGCGCCUCGGCCCAGAUGGUUCUUCUUUGUCUUCUUUUUCCUCCUCCUACUCUUCCUUCUUCUCGUCCUCCUCCGUCUCAUGCUGCUGCUGCUGCUCCUCCGCCUC